AUGAAGCUGGUUUGGACCCCAGAUACAGCUUUAAAAGCUUAUGUUUCUACUGUCAGAACAUGUGAGAAUUUUAAAGAAUCCAGUGUAGCGGAACUUCUCUCGGCCAUGGCGGCCGGUUGGAACGCAAAGCUGAUAGUUGAAUCUUGGUCUAAGGGUGGUCCAAUAUCGACGAGCAUCGGCCUUGCUGUGGCGGCUAAUCACACAGGUGGAAGACACGUGUGCAUAGUCCCUGAUGAAGGGUCAAGAUCGGAGUACGUUAAAGCCAUGCACGGUGCUGGGAUGGUGGAGACGGAGGUGCUGGUAGGCGAAGCAGAAGAGUUGAUGGCAGGGCUUGUGGGGGUGGAAUUUUUGGUGGCGGAUUGUAAGCGGAGGGAUUUUGUUAGGGUUUUAAGGUUUGCUAAGUUGAGCCCGAAAGGUGCUGUAUUGGCAUGCAAGAAUGCCUUUCAAAAGCCUGUUUCUGGGUUUAGAUGGCAUGGGGUGCUUGAGAGAGGGACACGUGUUGUCAAAACUGUGGUUUUGCCUGUUGGGCAAGGAUUGGAUAUGGCUCACAUAGGGAGUAAUAGCGGGAGUGAGAGUUCAAAGAGGGGUCCUAGCCGUUGGAUUAAACAUAUUGAUCAAAAGUCAGGUGAGGAACAUGUGUUUCGUGGAUAA